AUGAAUAAAGUACAAAGAUUGUCCAUUAUUUCUUCCCUCCUAGUAUUUCUGUGUUUUGUAAAUGUUCUUUGCUUAAGGAAUAAAAAUGGAACGAGUGCUUCAUCAUCUCUUGAAAAUGGAAGUGAAUUUUCUGAACGUUUAAAUAAAAGUUUUUCCUCAUUCAUUUCUGAAUCUGCAUCAGUUGAAGAAAUAGGAAAUGAAAUAGCCGAUAACAUUGCCAAUGAAAUAAUUAGUGCAUUGCAAAAGGAUUCAGUAUCAUUUUUACAAAGUGGAUUUGACAUUAAACGUCAAUUAAAAGAAAAUGCUAAAGUGGUGUUAAAGGAAGUAUUAAAACAAGGAUUGGAACCAAUAGAAAAUAUAGUAGCUGAUGCUGUUAAGCCACCACACACUAACCCGCAAGUAUAUCAUUUAUUAUCUCCAGUAUUGAAAACUCUCUUUAAUAGAAUGGAACAAGCAGUGCACGUAAACGUGCCUGAUGCGAUAUGGGAUUAUGAAACAGAGGAACCAUACGAAGGGGAAGAAGUUGAAGGUCAAUAUUCAGAUGAUUUUUUUAAUUAA